AUGUCGCCUCACCACCGAAACGACAGUGAAGACCUCGACCUUGAAGCACAGACUUCCAGAAGGUCGUUACACAGUGAUGCUUCGUUCAUAUCAGGCCAAAGAAGUCUUCGUCGAACUUACGGCGCCACAGACAACGAGCAAGUAUCUUUAUCGUCAAUUAGACCAAUUCAUUCGGCGUUUAGCCCAAGAACCGACGAUUCCUCAAUUGUUCAAGACUUUGCCAGUGUUCACAGUAACGAAACCAGACCCAGAUCGCCUCAACCACUGUUUGAAUCUUUGGCACCGCUUGUAAGACAAAGGGCGCUGAUUUUCUCUACAGCAUCGUCAAUGGCAAAGUUUCUUUGGAACAGAGUUCACUCUCCUGAACGCAGGUCGUUCACGUUGUUCCAUAAGUGUCUUGCACUUACAACAGUGGUAUUGGCUGGUGGAGUCGGUUACUACGUCGCUACGGGCCGGAGCCAGGAGUUGUGGCUUGCAAUUGCAUCGUUCUUAUGCUGGGUCCAGAGCCGUCUCGGGCGGAACGAACUCCCAUUCUGUGAUACCUCGUAA